GAGAGGGGACGUAAUGGGUGCAAUUCAAUUGUAUGAUAAAGCUCUUAAGGAAGGGAUUAAGUUGGGGCAAUACCAUUAUAAUGUACUUUUGUAUCUUUGCUCCUCUGCCGCUGUUGGUGUUGUUAAACCUGCUAAAAGUGGGAGUGGUAGUCGAACCUUGGAUACAUUAGGCAUGUCUAAUGAAGUUUCAACUGUGAAUUCUAUGGAAUUAGGUGAAUUAAGUGACGGGGACAAUGUAAGUUAUGGGGUUACAGAAUUGAAAAAUUCUGGUCCAAACUAUGAGCAAUCGGUUGAUUCUAGUAGUAGCAGUAGUGCUCUGAGUGAAAAAGAUAGCUUAACCCAGACUUCUAAUUGGCCUCUGAAUCCAAAUUCUCAAUUUUUAGAUGAUGAUCAAUCUCCUGAAAAAGGUAGGAGUAGCGGUAACCAAGAUCAUCAUGAAAUUCGCUUAAGUGAAGAUGCCAAGAAUUAUGCACUCCAGAGGGGAUUUGAGAUCUACGAGAAGAUGUGUCUGGAUAAGGUCCCACUUAAUGAGGCUAGCUUGACAGCGGUGGGAAGAAUGGCAAUGUCGAUGGGUAAUGGUGACAUGGCAUUUGAUGUGGUGAAGAAAAUGAAGCCACUAGGGAUAAAUCCCAGACUGAGGUCUUAUGGUCCUGCCCUUACAGUUUUCUGCAGUAAUGGAAAUGUUGAUAAAGCAUUUGCUGUUGAAAAGCACAUGUUAGAGCAUGGAGUCUAUCCUGAAGAGCCUGAAUUGGAAGCACUCUUGAGAGUAAGUGUAGCAGCUGGUAAAGGUGACAAGGUAUAUUAUUUGUUGCAUAAAUUGAGGACGAGUGUAAGAAAAGUCUCACCCUCUACUGCAGAUAUAAUUGUGCAAUGGUUUGAAAACAAAGAAGCUGCAAGGCUAGGGAAAACAAAAUGGGACAGGAGAUCAUUGAAGGAAACAAUGCAUAGUAAAGGUGGGGGCUGGCAUGGGAAGGGCUGGUUAGGUAAAGGGAAGUGGAAUGUAUCACGUACCGCUAUUAGAGCCGAUGCAGUAUGUGAGUGCUGUGGGGAAAAAUUGGCCAUGAUUGACCUUGAUCCUAUUGAAACCGAGAGUUUUGCUGAAUCAGUUGUAUCCAUUGCUGCUAAGAGAGAGAGAAAUUCAAGCUUCCAAAAAUUUCAAAAAUGGCUUGACUACUAUGGACCUUUUGAAGCAGUGGUGGAUGCUGCAAAUGUCGGUCUUUUCAGCCAGAGGAAAUUCAAACCAUCAAGGGUCAAUGCCAUUGUUAAUGGGAUACGCCAGAUGAUUCCUUCAAAGAAAUGGCCACUCAUUGUUUUGCAUAACAAGCGCAUCACCGGACCCAAGAUGGAUCAACCAGUAAAUAGAGCAUUGAUUGAGAAGUGGAAAAAUGCUGAUGCACUCUAUGCAACACCAACUGGAUCCAAUGAUGAUUGGUACUGGUUGUAUGCAGCUAUAAAGUUUAAAUGCUUAAUUGUGACCAAUGAUGAGAUGAGAGAUCAUACAUUUCAGCUUCUAGGAAAUGAUUUCUUCCCCAAAUGGAAAGAAAGACAUCAAGUGCGUUUUAGUUUUUCUGAAACUGGUCCAGAGUUCUACAUGCCUCCUUCAUAUUCUGUUGUAAUCCAGGAAUCGGAGAAUGGCAGCUGGCAUAUUCCAAUUGCAUCAGAACAUGAUUACGAAGCAGAAAGAAUGUGGUUAUGCAUUACACGUGCGAACUUAUAUCUAACCAGGCAAAGUUUGGCUACACGCUCCAAAGAUUUGCAGCCUUAUGACCCUAAAAAACAAGAAGCAAGGUCAACAACUCCAAAAGAAGUAAAGACAAAGUCACAUUUAUCAAAUGAUAGAACCUCUGGUAAUACAGAAAAGCCAACUCAAAAUGUAUACGAAAGUCUCAGAAAUAUUCUUUCAGUAUCCACGCUAUCAAAUCAUCGGACAAUUCUAUCAAAAAUUGAGGCUGCAGAGAAACUUGGUGAAUGUGUAAUUGAUUUUCAGAUAUGAAGUAAAGGUGGAAUCCCUGUAGCUUUGAAGACCGUGUUCUACACUGCUACCAUGUUGUUGAAUUAUAUGUCUCUCCAUUAUCUUUUUUCUGCCAGGUAAAAGAGCCAUGUUUUUACAAAAACAAAUACAGAAAAUUCAUGCUUCACUUUUUACCUCUUUUUCACUGAAAAGACUUUUAGGGAAGUGAGCCAAAACAAUUAUUUUUAUUUCAACUGUUGGAAGCUUUCUCUCAUAUUCACGCACAAAUAAUAACAAAAGGGCGUAAUUUUAAAAAGGGUCCCCUGGGAAAUGAGUUUUAGGCUUUUUGAUUACAUGCAAUUGCUCUACAAAUAGCCCUUUUUGAGAAGAUUGAUUGCAACCAUUGUGCUUUCUA